AUGAACCUGAAGAGAAGCAAAUUCUGGCCCUCAUUUCACAUCAAGCCCAGGCACCCAGGACAUUGGCCCUUGAGCGAGGAUGUUACCACACGGAUUUGUCGGUAUGCAGGCAGACAGGCCAGUGCUAUGCUCUAUAUUGCUCUAUACAAGAACAGAGUAGGCGGCAAAGAUGCAAAUGCAGCCCUGCGAGCUGUGUAUUACGAACCAUUCACGUACUGGGACUGGCAUGGGGUGGAUGCUGAAGAUGAAAGCGCUUCCAAACACAAGAAACAGCUUGUUUGGGAGCGUCAACGAGGCUUCACAGCUGCCAAAGGUGAAAAGGGUGGAUACCCAUAUCCUCAAGAAGCAUGGCAACGAUUCCGACACCUAAUCGAUAACCAUGCAGAGAGGCGCCAUUGGGUUGCAAAGAUCGCAGUGGCGCAUUGGAUGAACAUAGAGGAUCUGACGUGGAUAUUCCGAAAUCUGCCGUCGCUUAAAGCCCUGGAUUUGAGCGACAUUGCACUGUUCACAGUCCAGCCAUACAAGGGCUAUGCAAAUGAGCCUCCGUUAACUAUGACUGACACAUGGGCAUACUUUUUUCUUCGUAUACCCAGCAUGUGUCCUGUAAGAGAGACGGCGCCUAAACUGAAAUGGCUUGGUAUUCCAGAUUUUCGAGAUAUUUCACUUGUCGCUCCGCAGAUCCUGCUCGAUAAUUUCCUACCGCUUUGUACGAAUCUUCAAACUCUCUCUAUCCGCGGGAAAUAUAGGGAAGAAAUCCCACCGCCAAGCCUUAGUGGACACGAAUACGUUUGUGCUUUCAUCAGGGGCAUCAAGAUACGUUCCCCAUCCAGCGUCACGGCUCUUGAACUCCGGCUUUCGAUUCCUUUCUUACAUCAGCUACUAGUCGCUCUACAUGCCGAGGACAGGCUGAACAUAGAUCAGAUAGGUCUUGAUCUUGGGGCCUGGACUCAGAUAUACCCUCUCAGGAAUACUUCUACGGAAAUAUCAGACAGUGAUGUCAUAUCAGCAGCUUCGAAGGCAGCUUCGAAGACCCGUUUUGAUAUCUACGAACAACAACAUAACAAGCUCCUAUCUGAAUCAUCGAGAUGGCUUUUGCCAGCGCCAGAAGACACUCCCAACAUGUCAGAUGUUUCGAGUUCUUCUGCAAGUCCCGCAUUCGAGAGGCUCGACGCAAGGCCUACGUUCCAGAACGAGCCAUACAAAGCGAAGGGAGGGUCAGAUAUUCGCAAUUACACCUGUGAUCGGAGCAAGCUCGAAAGCCGGAAGAAAUGUGGAAACAAAGACGAGAACCACCACAAAGAACUACUCGGUAGCCUUGAAAGGACACAUGUAAAUUCUUUGCCAUCCAUGUUGGUGAAGCUACAUGACGCGGGUCGAAUUGCUGCAUCUCAGGACUACAGUCUAUAUUCACUGAAUCCUGAAUGGCAGGUCAAUAGCACGAUUCCCCUACAUCCCUUCACCAUGAUCCAGAAGUACCAGCCUGUUCCUACACUAUCUAUGGAUCAGGGUCGGGACUACAAACAGCUGACAGCAGAUCGACUCAAAGAGGCAUAUAAUUGGUUGAACGCGACUUUUGCAUGGCGGCCAAUCUUCGACUGGGACUACUUUGUAAGUUGCGGUAUAAAAAGUCCGAAGGAAAACCUGGACGUUGCAUUCUUCAGCUUGGAACAACAAUACAAACUUGGCAACACAACUAGGAGUACGAAUGAAGUACUCUUAGGUGAAGUUUCUAGGCAAUUUCAGAUCAUGCGAGACGCCGGCAUACCAAUCCAUCUUCUCAUGGGCCGUCGCAACCCUGAUGAGUCCAGCCUGUACUGGGGCUGGCCUUACAACUCAGACGCGUGGGAGAAAUCGCUUAAAGCGCCGCUUGAUGCUGGUUUGGGAACAAUAGCAGCUCAAAUCGAUACCUUGAGUAUUUUCUAUGACCUACGCAAUCCUCUGGACGAGCAGCGUUUGGAAGAGAUUGAUAAAAGGCAACCGUAUCGACGACCCGAAGCAUAUUGUCCUCGCCCAAACGACCCUUGGCACCUUGCUAAGAAUAGCCCAUUCAAGAAGCAAUGGCAGGAUCGACCAUCACGAAUAUCGAAGCGCAAUACCCAGAAGACGGCGAACAAGAAGAUUAUGGGAAAGAAAACUCGCAUCCCACUGGCUAACAACCUCGACUCAUGUCCUCCGGCCGGGGAGUACGCCGAUGAACACUUAUACGAUGAUCCCGAGACGGACAGAUCCAUACCAGAGACCUUGCACCAGGUCGCCCGUCGUGCUGCAUUUGAGCGAGAAGCCGUUGGUUGGCACCGAUUCUGGACCGAAUAUGCACCUCAAAUGACGAACUUGAAGGAACUACGGUUGCGAAUGCCUCAGAACUUCGAUAGUGUGGGUAGUUGGAGUCUCCGCCAACUUCUGAAUCCAAAAGAGACCUGGGUAAUGUUUGGUUAUGCGGACGAGCGUGGCCAUAUGCAGACCCAAGAAGAUCUCCUGCAUCACGUCGCGAACGACUUCAGGCUGCAUAUGCAUGCAGCACAAGAAAAGAUAUGGCCUGGUGGCCGUUUUGUACGACGCAGUUGGAUCCUGUGGACCCCUGAGCCUACAGGCACUGCUGAACUUGCUUUGCAUAGAGGUACAAAUGAGGCGAGAUGCCUAACAUCGCAUCCAUCUUUGAGCAACAAAACUACUGACCUAUACAAAACACACAAGCUGGCCGGAGAUAGGCGCGAAAAAGAACAGCUUCAAAAGGCCAUCAAGCAAGCACGAGAGACAGCACGAAAAGAAGAAGAACUUGAGGCUUCACUUCUACUCUCCUCAUCAGAAGAUCUUGUAAGAGAUCCUCCAGCAGUGAUACCAAGGUCAGAAGACAUUGAAAGAAGGCUGAAAGGAAUCUACGGUCGCCACGUUCGUGGUAUUGCCCAGAGAACCUGGCGCGCUGAAAUGCGAGGUCACAUCGAACAGCUGAAUGAUGAUGUGCACGGAAGAGACGAAACUGUUCAUAGUCUUCGUCGAGUGGGCGCUGUAUCACAAGUCGAAGACGCUACGAUUGCACGAAACAUACUGCGGGAUACUCGAGAACUUCUGCUAAAACGCAUGCAUGACUUCCGUCCAGAAGACAUCUUUGUGCCAUGUGAUCGCACAGAACAUACGAACGGCUUGGAGCUUGUGAAUCAUAUGACUGACUAUGCUGCCGAAGAGCGUAAACGGCGAGGAGAGCCAGUGCAAGAGGACGCACAUCGAACAGAGAAGCCGACUUCGAGAUUUCCGUCUACGAACACGAGACCUGGUGCCCUUCCACGCGGUCCACAGCAUCCGCGGACAAGUCCUAUUGAGAACAGCUCAGGAAAAUCUAGUUCGGAAUCCACAAGCUCAGAUGAGAACGAUCCUUGGCUGACGAGAUUCACUCCUGCAAUGCAAAUCAAACGGACCACAGCAACUCAGACUAUCACAGCUCAGCAGGGCUCCGAAGCUAUCUAUACAACGCGAAAGCUUGAGCUAGCUCAGCAGUCAGCCAGUGAUAUUGCUACUGGACAAAAUGAAAGAAUUCCUAAGUUUGAGAGGAAACCCAAUAAGGAAUUGAAUGAGAGCGAUCGAGCCGCACACCAGACAUCUGAAGACGUUGGAUUCACACAGAUCACAGUAAAAGCAAGGGGUACAGAAGAAAAAGGAAGGUUCGAAGAGCAAGCUGUUGAAAAGAAGAGGCUCAUUGAAGAGAAGAAAGCUGCCAUCGCAACAGCAGAGGCAGAGAAGGAGGUCAGGAUUGCUGCUGAGAACAAGGUUGUCCAAGAAAAGAAGAAGAGAGAUGACGCAAAGAGUCAGAAUGCUGAGAUCAGGAGGCAGGUAGAAGAGGUUGGAGCGGCCGCUAAGAAAUUAGCCGCUGACAAGAAGGCCGCGAAAGAAGAAGCUAAACAGAAGACAGAACAUGUGAAGAAACAGCCUGCCGCGGAAAAGAAAGAACUAAUGAAGCAGGCGGAUGCGGAGAGGAAGAAGGUGAAAGAUGCCAUAGCUGCUGAGAAGAAGAGAACCGCUGACAAUGAGGCCGCGAGAAAGGAAGCUGAACAAAAAGCUGCCGAUGAAACCGCAGAAGCUACCGAGUUAGCAACUGCCAAAGCAAAAGAAGCUGCGGCAACUAUCAAGGCCGUCAACAACGAAGGAACUCUUGAUAUCGUUCCAACGAUCGAAGGAAUUCUUCCAGACAAGCCGACUGAGAAACCGACCAAGCCGCCUAAGACUUCCAGGGAAAGAUCAUCAAAGAUCUUGAAAGGCACAAAACGUAAACAGCUUUCUCCUGAUCCAUUUGAAGAUGACGCUGUCGAUGAAAGAGAACCUGUUAAGAAACCUCGUCCUAACAAAGGAGCAUCACCGACGUCCACACCUGUUAGACGUAGCGCACGUCUUCGCACACAGACACCAACGAAAACACCUACACCGCAACUUGAGUUCCCAUCAGAUGUUAGUGUCACUGAGAACAGUGAACAUGAUAUUGAGGACGAUGGUAAGAGAAAGAAAAGCAAGAAGGGGAAGAAUGAUGUAGAUGACUAUAAGCCACCUGGUAGUACGAAGAAGAGGACUCCGACGAAGGUUGCAAAGGCAGCACGGGAGAGAGCGAUGGGUAGCAAGGCAGUAACGCUGGCUAAGGCGAGAAAGAGAGCUGCUGAUGAGGAAGAGGAAGAAAUAGAGGAGAUUACGAAAAAGAAGCCGACCCAGAAGUCGGUCAAGACGCCACCCAAAAAGAAGGUGAAGAAGGCCGAUGGAGAUGAUAACGAGUUAUAG